UUAACCCCUAAGGGUAAAACAAAUCUUAACGCCUAAGCACAAUUUUGCAACUUUGACAUGUGUGUUGCAAAAGCAUUCAUCUCAUCACAAUUACUUUGUGUAUCCAGGUGGAUUAUACCUUGUUUCUUUUUCAGGACAAAUUGGGCUUUCAUUUGGUGGCAAAUGGUAAUGGAUAUCUCCUAAUUUAUUUUUAUUAUCAAAUAAAUGAUAAUGUGAAAAAAAUAUAUAUAUAAAAAUUUAUUUAUUUUUAUUAUCAAAGGAAAACUGGCCCAAAAUAG